UUUUGGAGCUUUCUUUCUAAGCGGGAGGAGGAGGGAGGAAAGGUAAGAAAAAAAGCAACACCUGCCUGGUCUGACACUUUGCGUCUUUUGGGACAAGCGCACGCCGCUAGGUCUUUAGCAAAUGUAAAUACGAGCGAAAGAAGGAGAAGGAGGAGCCUUAGUCAAGAAAUCCUUCCUGAAGAGCUCCUCUCCAUCCUUGUCUCCUCGGACAACGACGCCAUGCACACGGGCCGCGAAUCUUCAUCCUCCUUCUCGUGGAUACCACCUGAAGGCUUGAAGAUGAAAGCGCGUCCUCCUCCUUCUCGGUCUUCAGCAGCAUCAGCUUCAGAGCACAUGGCCAUGUGGCCACCGUUCCUCCUUGUCCUGCUUUUGGGGUUCCUGCCGCACGCCGCCGCCGCUGCCGCCGCCACCUCCUGUCCAGCGAGCUGCCGUUGUUACAGCUUGACGGUGGAGUGCGGAUCCACCGGUCUUCCCUCCUUACCCAAGCAAGUACCCGCGCUUACACAGACGCUGUUCCUGCAGGACAACGUGAUCGGUCAGAUCCGCCGACAGGACCUGAGCCCGCUGGCGCACCUGCACUAUCUUUACCUCCAGAACAACAGCAUCUCGGCGGUGGAGGCGGGCUCCUUCCAGAAGCAGGCGCGGCUGCUGGAGCUGGCGCUGAACGGCAAUCGCAUCCACUCGGUGACGGCCGACACCUUCCGCGGCCUGGAGCACCUGCGCAUCCUCUACCUGGCCGCCAACGACAUCACGCGCCUUCUGGACUUCACCUUCCGCGGACUGCAGCGCCUUCAGGAGCUUCACCUGCAGCGCAACAGCAUCGAGGUCCUGGCCGAGCGGGCGCUGGCGGGCCUGUCGUCGCUGGCGUUACUGGACCUGAGCGGGAACCGCCUCCACACCAUGGCCGCGGCCUCGCUCCGCCCGCUCGUCAGCCUGCAGGUGCUCCGCAUCACCGAAAACCCGUGGCGCUGUGACUGCGCCCUCCACUGGCUGCGGCGCUGGAUGGACCAGGAGGGCCAGCGGCUGCUGAGUUCGUCCGAGCGCCGGCUUGCGUGCCGGGAGCCGCCGCGUCUGUCGCGUCUGGGCCUGCUAGAGGUGCCGCCCAAUAGCCUGGUCUGCAUUCCGCCAUUGCUUCAGCUGGAGCCCCGCAGCUUGGCUGUGCGCCUCGGCGACAGCCUGCGCGUCUCCUGCCACGCCUCCGGCUACCCCAGGCCGCAGGUGACGUGGAGAAAGGCAUCUUCGGGCAAAGCGUCGCCGGGCCCCCGAGGGCUGGUGCAGGACCUCGGCGCCGCCGGCGGUGACCCUUCGGACAGCGUCCGGACGCCGACGCAGAAAAACGAGGGCGGAGGCACCGCGCACUUUGACCCCGACACGGGCAGCGGGAUGCUUUUCCUCAGCAACGUGACGACGGCGCACGCUGGCUUCUACGAGUGCGAGGCGUGGAAUGCGGGCGGCGCCGCCCGUCUCACCUUCCAGCUGGCCGUCAACUCGUCUACGGGGACGGGCGUCGGCCGGGAGCCGCCCAGGGAGUCGGCACGGCCCCGCCCCGGCAGCCACGUGAGCCGGGAGCCGCUGUACGCGUUGGGCAGCAUGGCCUUCGGUGCGCUGGGCGCCGCCACGCAGACGGCCAUCGCUGCCGGCAUCUCGCUGUUGGCGCUCACCGCCCUGCUACUGCUCGCCAUGAUCUACGCUCGACAGCUGCGAGGACAGAAGGACGCGCACGCCGCGCACAAGGAGGAGAGCAUCCUGUACGUCAACGACUACUCGGACGGCCCGACGACGUUCGCGCAGCUGGAGGAGUUCCGAGACGAGCGUGGCCACGAAAUGUUCGUCCUCAACCGCGCCAAAGCCGUCCCGCCCCCGGCUCGGCCCCGCCCCGCCCCCUCCGACGGUCGCCCGGCCGACGGCGGAAGAAUGGCGUGCGAGGGCGUGGAGGCAGAGCCCGAGGGGGAGGGGCUCCCGCUCAACCGUGCCGGGCUGUUCGCCGACUCGCGGAUGGCGUACGAGAUCCACUGCUGAAGCUUUUCGGACAAUCGUCACUCGGACUUUCGGGUGAAAAAACGUGCCAAAAAACCCCACAGACUUUCAGACAAAAAACGUGCAAAAAAAAUAAAUAAAUAAGUAACGCGAGCGUUAGGGCCACACUGGAAAGAAAACUGGGAUGUGGCUAAAAAAAGAGCGGUCGAAAUUCAUUUUUCUUUUCGUUAUAUUAACCUUGGCUAAUUGAGAUUAAUCUAUGAUAUGUUGUCUUUCAUAUCAAAAAAAUGAAUCACAGCUGAAUGUGAUUAAUCUACGUUAUUCUAUUCAAAUGUGUUUUUAAUUGAUCGUAUUUAUGUAUUUAUUAAUCACGGCUAGUUGAGAUUAUUCUAUAAUAGGCUAAUUACGAUUCAUGUCAGAAAAUGAAUCACGGUUUAUUUCGAUUAAUCUAUGGCUGGAUGAAUCCAAAUUUAGUAAUUGUAUUUGUUCAUUAAUCUCGGCUAAUUGAGAUUAAUCUAUGGUGGGUUAAUUGCGUUUCAUAUCAGAAAAUGAACCACAGUUAAUUGCGAUUAUGCUAUUGCUGGAUGAAUCAAAAUUUAUUGUAUUUAUUCAUUAAUCUCAGCUAAUUGAGAUUAAUCUAUGGUGGGAUAAUUAUGAUUCAUGUCAGAAAUUGAAUCAUUGUUAAUUACGAUUAACCUAUCACUGGAUGAAUCAAAACUAUUGUAUUUAUUAAUCGUGGCUAAUUGAGAUUAUUCUAUGGUGGGUUAAUUGCGUUUCAUAUCAGAAAAUGAUUCACUGUUAAUUGCGAUUAAUCUAUGGGUGGAUGAAUCAAAACUAAUUUCUUGUAUUUAUUCAAUAAUCUAGGCUAGUUGAGUUUGAGAUUAAUCUAUAAUAGGUUAAUUGUGUUUCAUAUCAGAAAAUUAAUCAAAUUUGAUUAAUCUACGGAUUAAUUAAUGACAUAAACUGAAAGAACGUUCUCCAUUUUUUGAUACAAAAAGUUAAAAAAUAUACUAUCAACACAGUGGCUUUAUCACGGCUAGUCAUGAUUAAUCUGUGAUAGAUCAGGAUUAGUUGUGAUUCAGUGCAGAGAAUGAAUCACAUGUAAUCUUAAUUAAUCUAAGGAUGGAUGAAUCUAAAUAGAUUUAUUGUAUUUCUUUAUUUCUUGAUCACUGCUAGUUGAGAUUAAUCUAUGAGGUUAAUUGUGACUCAUAUCCGAAAAUGAAUCACAGUUAAUUGCGAUUAUCUAUGAUGGAUGAAUCGCGGUUAAUUGAGAUUAAUCUCAGCUGGAUGAAUUGUGGUAAAUUGCAAUUAAUCUAUGGAUCAAUUAACGAAAUAAACUGGAAGAAUAUUAACGUUUUCCUUUUUAUUUGAAAAAAUGAAAAAGUAGAAAUACGACAAAUGCAUUGGCUGCCGUCGAUUGAUUAAUCAUGGCAAAUUUGGAUUAUUUUGUGAUAGAUCAACUAGCCGCGAUUAAUCAAUUAACGGCAGCCAAUAUGUUUAUAGUAUUUCUUUUUUCAUUGUUCUAAUUGUGAUUCAGUGCAGAAAAUGAAUCACAUUUAUUCUUAAUCUCAUGAUGCAUGAAUCGAAAUUAUGUUUUUGUAUUUAUUGAUCACGGCUAGUUUAGAUAAAUUUAUGGUAGGUUAAUUGUGAUUCAAAUCAGAAAAUGAACCGCGGUUAAUUGUGUUUAAUCUAUGGAAUAUGGAUGGAUGAAUCGCGGUUAAUUGAGAUUAAUCUAUGGCUGGAUGAAUUGUGUUUAAUUGAGAUGAAUCUACGGCUGGAUGAAUUGUGGUUAAUUGCGAUUAAUCUACAGAUUAGUUGACCAUAUAAAUCAAAAUUCACCUUAUUCAAUAAAAAAAAAAGAAAAAAACAAAUGCUAGCAACGCAUUGGCUGCCGGUGAUUGAUUAAUCACGUUUAGUCAUGAUUAAUCUGUGAUGGAUUCAGCAGCAAAAAGAUUAAAAACUUCCAUUGAAAGCGAUAGCUAUCCAUUCGUAAUCCAAAAAGAUUAGACGUUUAUCCCCAUCGAUGGCAGCCAGGGAGUUCAUUUUUCCCCCACUUGUCUUUCCAGUGUGUCCGCCUAUACUGCUCGCGUGCGCACGCUCAAGUCAUUUUUUAGCUAAUGUGGUGUGCUCGUUAGCAUGUGCUCUUGGUGUGUUUUUAGUCUUGUUCUCGUUGUCCUUUUCACUCUUGGGUUGUUUUUUCCGUCUGAAAUGACGGCAACAUUUCUUAUCUUGAAGGUUUUGGCGCCGCUGGAGCCAACUGUGACGAACUUGUCAAUAAAACAAACUGCGUUGGU